UUAUCCAAAUUGGUGCUGACGGUGAAUUCCGAAGGAGCCCUGUUCAGGUGGGCUUCUGGUGCCUAAAGGAGUACUUCAAGUCGCCAAAACCACACAGAGUGUGUGUGAUUUAGAGAGAGACAGGGUGUGUGUUUAGAGAGAUGCCGACUGCUGUUGCCAUUCUGAGCCUGGCGUCACCCGCAGCUACCACCACUCUCUUAUCCUUCACUCGUUCCCCUCUCUCUCUCCUCCGACAACGCGCGCACCCUCACAGCAUCACUUUUCUCUCUCCUACUUCACCCACUCCGACCUCACUGAUCAGCUCUACCAAACGCCUCCUCGGACCGUACAAUUUCCGUUCCUCAGCCGCCGUAGCCGCCUUCUACGGCGGUGCAUUCUUGCAGGACGCCGGAGCGACGGCAGCGGUCAUGGUCAGCGCUUACGGUCUCGUCUCCGUUUUCGACAAUCUUACUCAGCGCAACCUCAUCGAACAGAAAUUGAGCAGGAAACUGGUCCACAUAUUGUCCGGGUUGCUUUUCAUGGCUUCCUGGCCAAUCUUCAGCACAUCGACAGGGGCUCGCUACUUUGCCUCUUUCGUUCCCUUCAUUAAUUGCUUAAGACUAGCCAUUCAUGGGCUUUCCCUGGCUACUGACGAAGGACUUGUAAAAUCUGUUACUCGAGAAGGAAAUCCAGAGGAAUUGCUUAGAGGUCCUUUAUAUUACGUUCUCAUGUUGAUUUUGUGUGCUCUUGUCUUCUGGCGCGAGUCACCAAUUGGGGUGAUCUCACUGGCAAUGAUGUGCGGUGGGGAUGGUGUUGCUGAUAUAAUGGGAAGAAGAUUUGGGUCCAUAAAAAUUCCUUAUAAUCAAAACAAGAGUUGGGCCGGUAGCAUCUCCAUGUUUGCAUUCGGUUUCUUGAUUUCCAUGGGGAUGCUCUACUACUUCUCAGUCCUCGGAUACUUCCAAAUGGAUUGGCUUUGUGCUAUGGAAAGAGUUGCUUUAGUUUCUUUUGUGGCAACUGCGGUGGAGUCCCUUCCAACAUUGGGUGUAGUGGAUGAUAACAUUACUGUUCCUUUAGCGAGUAUGGCGACUGCAUAUAUGACUUUCGGUUAUUAGCUUGUCAAGCUUAAGUAUUCUAGUGACCGUAUUAUUUUUUUUUUAAUUUCAUUUUGAGUGGAAACCUCCAUAUUUAUUUAGUCAGAUGGUCUUUUAAUUUUUUUUUUUUUUCUUUUAAGUCUUACCAUAUCUGUUUUGGUUAUGGUGCUUAUUGAUGUUCAUGUACACCUCUGCCUCUUUAUUCUGUUGUUAGUUCUGAAACAAGUAAAUGAAGGUCUUCUCUUUUUAGACUUGGAGUCCAUUGAUUCCAGGUGUUAUUAUAUGAUCAA